AUGGACAUUGGUGGCUACUUCGCGCCUUAUCUAGCAGAACUCGGAAACAAGGAUAGUUAUCCACGUCUGUGGAAACUGUUAGGUAUUGUAGAAGAUACAGAGAAUGGACACCAGAAGUAUCACGACGCAAAACAAUCGCUGCCUCGGAAUGUGACACAUCCACGCAUCUACUCAGUAGCUCGAAGCCAGAUGAAAAUGACUGAAGAUUAUAAUGUGGGGAAAUCUUUGGUGCGCGCAGCGGACACAAUUCUGCGGCAGACGCUGGAUCUCCGUCUAGAAGAUCAUCCUGUUGUGGGUGUAAUUGGAUUCGGCAAGAUAGGCAAUAGCAUUGCAAUACAUAUGCGACAACAGCACAUCGGCAGGGUGAUGGUCUAUGACGUUAAUCCGACUAUUAUGCUUCGUGCAGUUUCACAAGAUUUUGUCAUUUGUUCCAAAGAAGAAAUGCUGCAAACAGCUUCAUUCAUUUUCUGUGCUACAGGCAACAAGGCUCUUGCAUUCAAUGAUUUGUUGCACAUCGGUCCAAGCAUAAAUCGUCUAAUAAUAGGCUCGUGUACAUCCGCAGACGAUGAACUAGAUUUACAUGACGAUUUGAAACGCUAUGAAAAUAGCAGUGACGAUCGUGGUUAUUACUCCCGUUACACUAUUCAGCGUUUGGAUGGAACAGAAGUGGAGAUUGUUCUGCUGUGCAACGGAAAUGCUAUUAACUUUUCAUGCCGCGCCAUACUUGGAGAGUCCAUACGAUCCGUACAAGCUACCAUGAUGGUGUGUGCACUUAAUCUGUUUCGAUCACAUACAGAGUCGAAGACCGAAACAGAGAUUCUUACCUUAACAAACGAAGAAGAAAUGACGAUCGCGCGUCUUUGGAUACAACAUUUUUCAAAACUAGACGUUCGUCUUAUUACCAAUGUCGACAAUGCGAGCAAGUUGGAGCACAGUAGCUUAGAACGAAGUAGGAGUGACUUACCUGUAGACCAAACGUCUAUGGCACUGUUGAAGCAACAGCUAGGCCUACAACGCGCAGCAUACACUGAUCCAAUAGACUUCAUGGAUUCAGAGCGAAAACUUAUCAUCACAGCACCACGUGGUACAGGCAAGUCCACAGUGGUGUCAGCUCUUAUUCAAGAUGUACGAAACUACUAUGAUCUUAUUUGGUGGUUCGACUGUAGCGACUCUCUUUACGGUUGUACAGUGCAUUUAGCUCGGGCAUUUCAUGUCUUUUCUAUCGCUCUCUCUCCAGAAGAACUGCAGAAAGCAGUGCUAAAAGUUAUAUUUUCAUCCAUGGCUGUUAACCAUUUCUUAUUGAUUGUGGACAACAUACAAGAUCCAGUGGGAGAGAAAGUGGCUGCUGAAUCAAUAAUAGAUGGUAGUGAGCGCAUUUUUCAAUGUCACGAGUUAUUAACUGCUCUAGAUAAAGCUCUAAGUGAUCCUAGUGUGCGUCAUCAGCGGCGGCGUCAUCUUGUGGCCCUAUAUACGGACGAUAGUGUAAAUCUGCCUCCUUCACAAUCGUAUACUACGGUAGCGGCAAAUGCGUCUAAAGGAGCUUGGGUCUACCUACCACUACAAGGUAUCGCAAGCGAAACAAUUGAGAAUUGGGUAUGCAAUAAACUAUCUGCAUUUUCCCGUAACAGUGUGAGAGAAAGUCGGCGUAAAAUUAUUCACGAUAUUUUAUCAGUUGAUGGGCGUCGGUUAACUAUACAACUGACCGCCGUACUUUUGACAUCUGAAGAUGUAACCAAGAGAGACAUUAAGUAUCGACUUGGAACGGCUUUAUCUGAAGGAUCUGAUAUAUUGGCAAGUUUAGUAAACUUGGCGUUAGACAAGUUGAGAACACUGAACUCCCUUUCCUUCAUUUGUGCACAAGUGGUCACUUUAAUUAAGUCCAAUUAUGCCAGUCGGGAGAUGUUUCUUCGACUUAUAAAGAUCCUUCCUCCGAAAGAACACUUCGAAACUGAUGACACUAUCCUUACAGGAAGAAAACCGCGUGAAGUUUGGGAGCAUCUGCUUUCAGCUUUGAAAAAAUUUUGUAUUUUAAAGAAGAAUGUACUUUUGUCAACCAUAAAUGUUUAUACCAGUGGAAACUAUAUUCCACCGGACUAUCUGGAAAUAUACAAUAUGCCAAGUACGCAUGGCAACGCCUUACGCAAGCCGCUUCUCGACGAUACGACUGAUCAUGUGUGGAACUAUGUGUUGCAAUUGGUAAACUCGGGCUUUAAUUACGACUAUCACGCAACUACCGAAAGACAGCACGCACCGAAUAUUAUACAUUAUUUUGAACAUGCUUAUGUUCUAGCUAAAUACACUUCUGAUUGGGAUGGUUGUGAGGAUAAUGCAAUGUUACUUGCCGAUUUAUUAUGGCGUCUCGGCUCUUACUAUCUCAAUGAGGUGCGUCUAUAUUCAAAAGCAGCAGAAUCAUUUCGUAAAUCGUACGAAUUAAUUAAUAAAAACAGGGAUUCUAGACGUAGAAUAAAAAUCGACGACGAAACGUUAUUGUCACUAAACAUCACAAAAUGGGGAGCAAAGCUAUAUUGGCAUAUCUGUGAACAGCUCACCCAUCGAAUAGAUGCGCAAGAAGAUGAAAAGCUCAUUGAAAAGAUGCAGCUAUGUCAAAACAACUUGAUGAAGUUAAGUGAUCCUAUUGCGAAGUCAGAGUUGCAACGUAAAUCAAACUAUCAAAUUGAAGCCGUCAUUGCUAUUGCACGCAUUCGCGUACAGAACAUUCGAGUAGAGAAUCCUCAGAUAGGAACCACGAAUGAAAUUCUAGAAACUAUAAUUCGAAAUCUCUUAAAUAUCCUAGAAGACGACAGCAUGGCCACUCGAACAGAAUCCUUGAUGCUGCAAAUUCUAGGGAGUGCGCACAGUCAGUUGGGUAAGCAUACUGAAGCAGUAGCCUAUCUACGACGAUCAUUGGAACAACGCCGGAAAGUUUUAACUUCUGAACAUGUAGAUUUGGCACGUACAGAAUACAAGCUCGCUUAUUGUCUUGUUCAAUGGGGUGAAGACAUGAAGAAGAAUAUCAACGCGAUCGACACUACUGAAUUUAUCAGGAACAUGCGCGAAGCACGAGAUUUGUGCGAGACAGCUUUUAAAACACAACGAACGCAACUACCGAGUGAUCAUAACAAUUUAACAGAAUGCAAUAAUCUACGCCAUCGCAUGAACGAAUUAGAACAAAAAUGGCUUCCUGUUGAUGCUUGCUAA